AUGAAACAUAAUCCAAUAGAAUCACAAGUUUCCAAAGGCAAUUCCGAUUCUCCUACCUACCCAGAACCAGAAAUUCUGGCUACUAAAGGUCGAGGCCUCAAAAUUUGCUUGAUCGUUUCUUUUCUUUUUUUUAUCAUUAUUGCCACCGUGCUAGUGACCUUGUAUUUUACCAUAUUUAAACCCAAGAACCCAGAUAUAUUUGUCCACCCAGUAGACCUUGAUAACUUUCAGUUAUUAUCACCCAAUUCAACUAAUGCACCUCUAGGCAUGGUAAUCACAAUAGUGAACCCAAAUUACGGAAGUUUCAGCUACAGUAAUUCCACUGGUUAUGUAAAAUAUCGUGACACCAUUAUAGCUGAAGUUCCCUUGGUGUCAAAUUCAGUCCCUGCACGUAGCACUGUGAAUGUGAGCACUUCUGCUGGUGUUAUGACUGGAAAAUUGUUAGGUAAUGUUGAUUUUUUGUCAGAUAUUGAAGAUAUGGUCUUCAAUUUGACAUCAAUGGCCACAUUGCCUGGGAAAGCGAGUGUGCUCAAUAUUUUCAAGUUGAAGGCCACGGUUUAUAUCUCAUGUGACAUGUCUUUCAACAUAAGUGCUAUUGAGGCUGAUUCCAGCUGCACAUCAAAAAUCGACCUAUGA